AUGUCCCAACGACGACCCAUCACACCUCCCCCGCCAUUCUCAGAAGACGACCUGCAAUUCCCUCCCCCGGAAACUAUUCCCAACCCGCUCCUCGCGCUCGUCCACGCCCGACUGAGCCGCAGAGGCCAACCCGGGGACUUGAGAGAUGCCAUCCCCGCGGAAGCGGCGUGCGUUUCUGCCGCGCUGCGCCUCGCGCUCGCGCUCAUUCUCCACUCCCACGGCCUUGUGAGCGCCGCAAAGGCACUUUCGCCACAGCAGGCGACGUCGGAUACCCUCAACACUGUGCAGACAGCGAUUCGAGUCGUCUUGUCGGCGACUAACUUCCUCGUCGUUAUCACCAGGGAAAUGUAUGGGCUCCCAAAUGGCACAUAUGUGACCCCUGCCUUGCGAGUCAUGUACGACUCUCAGGAGGCGAGGGCGGUGUACUGCCACUCUUGGUACGUCGACCGCCUGGUGGCGGCAGCUUCAGACUCGUCCAACCGAUCUCAGUACAACUGCCAUCUCCUCCUCCUCGCGACGGGCCUUGCGCAUGAACUAAUGGGUCUACUUCGAUACGAGAAGCUGUACCACCGGCUCCGGGGCAUCGUGUGCCUCACGACUCCGCACGACGUCGACGGCGACGGCGGUCGCGCAUGGGAGCGCAUGCUGUUCGACGGCCACCUGCGCGGCAUGUGGAUCGCGAUUGCCGCAUCCCCACCUCACGUGCAGGGCCCGCUCCUCGCCGAUAUGGCUGAACUCGUGGCACAGAUAGAACGCGAGUUUGGCACGGUUGUCGAGGCAGAUGUGCAGCCCGUCUCGGACCCCGAACCGCCUUCAGAUCGGAGGGGGUUACCGUUUGACAAGCUGGUCAUUACACGCCUUCGGGUCCAUUGCGAGGUUGAUAAUGAGUGGCUGCAGGGAGCGAUUACCACGCUGCCCGUCCCCGAGAUCCAGCGCUCAUCCGCUUAA